AUGUCUAACUAUGAAUUGGAGAGAAGACGCUGCCAGCUCGCCGCUGUGUCCGUCGCUGCGGUCGUUCUCUUCGUCGGAGUCCCCCUCUGGUGGCGCACCACCACCACAUACCGGGCAUGGUUGCCCAUGGCUCAGAUUCAAGAGUUCUCCAAACUGCAGCUCCUUCUGGAUGUUGACGUGGAGGUGGUGUUUGCACGUGGGACGCUGACGCCCGAACAGCAGAAGAAGAUCCCUGUGACGCAAACGCGUGAUGAACAGCACUCUGUUGACGGAGGAACUUCUUUGACGUACAGAUAUGAGACACGAUAUCGUACUGCGACCAUCAUGGAAGAGGAUUCUUUGAACCAGCCCACUGCUGCCGAGACCGAUCUCUCUCUGAACACGCUCAGCGAGAGUCCGUGCGGCUCUUUGGUGGUUUACGUGAUUCCAGAAUCCUCUUCGCUGCUGCCACAGGAUGUGGAUGUGUACGUGGGCCAGCGCCGGACCGCCUUAGUGCGUGCGGACGCUGAGACAAAAGCAGGCAAGACGCUCAAACAAGUCCUGGCCGGAGUGGAGCCCCGGGUGAAGGAGGUGCUGCGGGUGAUGUCGUUCAGCCACGGCGACAUCAUGGCCGUCCUCAGCAACCGAGUGCGACCGGGUUCCGGAAGCCUGCCGAAGAAAGAUGACAGCAUUAGAUCCUUCAAAUCCAGUCCGGGGUACGAGAUAACCUUCAGUCUGCUGAAUCCUGACCCCAAGUCGCAUCGCCUUUACUGGGACAUAGAGGGCGCCGUGCACACAUUCGUCCAACCUCUCCUUUCCAAACUCAGCCCUCUGGCCAACUUUAGUGUAGAUUCUCAGACGCUGUACUACACCAUGCUGGGUUUCAAUGCCCGCUUCGACGACCACCACAGCGCCUACACGUUGAGCGCCGACAGCCUGGCACACGUCAUCAACCCCGCAGAGUCUCGACUGGGCUCCAACGCCGCCUCGUCCAACCCGCCGCUCAAUUUCCUGCUCUACAUGCCCGACGCACAACAUUCACCCCUGCACAUCCUCGACCCCCAGAAACGACUGGUCGCCUCAAAUGCCUUUCAUUCGCCGCGCUGGGGUGGAAUCAUGAUAUAUAACGUAAACAGAGCAAAUGGUACGUUACCUGUCGACGUCCACAUCAACAUGGCCAAAGUGAUGGGCGUCUUUCUCGCACAGCUCCGUCUGCUGCUCGGCGUGAAGCCCACGGCGCGUACCGCCGGCAUCCUAGUGGCGCCGCCUGGCUACUCGGGCCUGUCUGACUGGGAGCUGGACCGCCUCAUGUGGAGUCACAGCGUGGAGAACAUCGCCACAGCGACCACAACCAUCACGUCGCUAGUGCAGCUGCUCGACCAGAUCGACACCAUCGUGAUCAACGACAACAUUGCGGAGCAGGUGUCCAACGCCGUGGCGUCGCUGCAGCUGGCAACAGCCGAGUUGGAGUCAGGCAACCUGGCCUUCGCUUUGCAGUACAGCAAGGAGGCCAUCCUGGCGUCAGAGCGAGCCUUCUUCGACCCUUCGCUGCUACACCUUCUCUACUUCCCCAGUGACCAGAAGUUUGCCAUCUACAUCCCACUCUUCUUGCCCAUGGGUGUACCCCUCCUGCUGUCGUUGCUCAAAAUUGUAGCAGAGGUGCGGCAGAGGCGCAAGGACAAACUGGCCAAGAAGGACUAA